CUUAUAGCAACUGAUUACAAUUUACCUCGGUGCAGGAGCACGUUCGUUGCGUACAUUGACUAUCUUGCGUCGGUGGUCAAACUCUGUCUCCAGCUCUAACAGACGCUUGGAUGUAGGCAUCGAGAUAUUACUGCACUAUAAUACCACAAAAUGCUGGCCCCCGGUGCGGCUGGCGCCGAGGAGCUUGACCAGCAGUUUGCGAAGGUCGCGGCGCAAGUCACGAUGCUUGUGCUGUCACAGCCCAAGCCAGUUAAGCUGCGGGCGCAGGCCUGGCUCAUUAAGCUGAGAGAUCCGACCAAUAACCCGGUCUUCAAGCGCAACCGCAACCUGUACGGAUCGCUGCUGCUGGCGCAGCUGCAGCAGGGCCGCCUGGAACCGCCCUUCACCUCCUCGCCGCCCGACGGAGCCCUGCCCAACCUGCCGCAGCACCUAGCGUACCGGGGUCUGUCGCCGGCGCGCAUAUCGACACGCGCCUUCCAGCAGCACCAGCAGCGCCCGCCACGCCCACAGCACCACCCGCAGCACCCGCCUCCGCGCAGCGGCUCCGCAUCCCCAUGCGAUCCACAGUCCCGCGGCCGCGGCCUCGUCGGCGAUGCCAAAGCUCCUCAGACCGGUGCGCCGGCGCCACAGCCGCACGCCCAUGCUCACGCUCACGCCCAUGCUCACGCUCACGCUCACGCUCACGCUCCGCACCUGGGUCCGGCCCAGCUGGGGUGUCUGGUGGCGGCCUUCCAUGACAACAUGCGGGCGCGUGGGUACGACCUGAGAGACCAGGGCGGCGGCGGCGGAGGAGGCGGAGGAGGAGGAGGAGCAGGAGCAGGAGGAGGAGGAGGCGGAGGAGGAGGAGGAGGAGGAGGAGGAGGAGGCGGAGCAGGAGGAGGCGGAGCAGGAGCAGGGCAGAUGAAGAAGCAGGCGGCCACGCCAAGGGCCGCCGGGGGCUCUGGGCCCGCGGCGGCGGCGCCGCUGGCGGCGUCCGACGCCGGCGCCGGCGGCUCGGACAUCCACCUGUCUCCCCACCCCCAGCGCAGCCUGCCCCAGUCGUGGCAACAGCAGCCACACCAGCAGCUUCAUCCGCACUCGCAUCCGCACUCGCAGCAGCAGCGGCCGCUCUCACCUGCUUCGUCGCGUCUGCGCCGCGCUCCCAGCGCCGUCAGUGGGGCCACGGGCGGCGUCAGUGGGGCCACGGGCGGCGUCAGUGGGGCCACGGGCGGCGUCAGUGGGGCCACGGGCGCCGUCAGUGGGGCCACGGGCGCCGUCAGUGGGGCCACGGGCGGCGUCAGUGGGGCCACGGGCGGCGUCAGUGGGGCCACGGGCGGCGUCAGUGGGGCCACGGGCGCCGUCAGUGGGGCCACGGGCGGCGUCAGUGGGGCCACGGGCGCCGUCAGUGGGGCCACGGGCGGCGUCAGUGAAGCCACGGGCGCCGUCAGUGGGGCCACGGGCGGCGUGCGCCCGCUGUCCCCCAGCCGGUCGCUUGCUGCCCCCGGCCGGCCUGGGACCUCAUCAGCCCGGCCCAGCAGUGCCGCCGCCAGCGCCGCCGCAAGCGGGACAGGCCGCACGUCGGCACGCGGUAUUGGCGGCGGCGGCAGGGCGCCGGGUGCGGAGCACCCUCCGUUUCAACAGCCUCCGUUUCAACAGCCGGACGCGGGCGCUAAGGGUGCUGAGGAGGACGCAGAGGUGGGGAAUGCGGGCGAGCGGGAGGAUGAGCAGGAGGAGGAGGAGGAGACGGAGGUGGUGGUGACGGCGGCGCUGCUGGCGGCCAAGGAGGCAGAGCUGGCCGCCCGCGCCGCGAGGCGGCGGGAGGCCAGGCUGCGGGAGCGUUCCGCGGCGGGCAAGGAGAGGCUGGAGGCGGUGAUGGCGGCGGCGGCGGGCGCGCGGGAGCGGUGGGCUUCGCCGCCGGCGUCUGCUGCGAGCGACGGCAGGGGCGGCAGCGACAAAGCGCCGCCGCUGCCGCACCAGCGCCGCCGGGAUCCGCAGCCGCAUCGGAAGAACGCCCCCAACUCAUCAGACGCAGACGUAGGCGCAGGACGCCUCCCAGCUUCCCGUCAGGGCGGGAGUAGGAGCCUGGUCGCCGCGUCGAGCCACAGGCACGGCGGCGCCAGCGGUGGCGGCAGUGCUGGCACCAGCGGCGGCGGCGCCAGCGGUGGCGGCAGUGCUGGCAUCAGCGGUGGCGGCGCCAGCGGUGACACGGCGCAGCUUUUGGAUGACUGGCUGGGCCAGAGCCUGCUGGCUGCGGGCGUUGAGGGCCUUCCUGUUGAGCCGUACGACUUCCAUGACGGCGGUUGGGGCGGCGGCAGCAACCGUUUCCAGCCGCUUGCCAGGCCGCUAUAUGCCGCAGCCUCGGUCGACCCGCUGUCUGGCCGCAGCACUGCCGGCAGCGGCAGCAGCGCGGCGGACCGCGGCAGUAGCAGCAGGGCGGGUGGCGGCGGCGGCAGUGGCGCCGCGGCCGCAGAUUACCGUGCGGAGGCGGAUGCGGGGCAGGAGGCAGGAGGCAGGGCAGGGCAGGAGGAGGCAGGGCAGGAGGAGGCAGGGCAGGAGGAGCGGGAGCUCACGCCGGCGGCUGCGCUGUUCGCGUCGCCGCCGUCGGGUGGCCGGGGUGGUGCAGCAGCGGAGCCGCCGGCAGCUGGGCUGGCGUUCCUAGGCGCCGCGGCGCGGCGGUCACCGGCGAGGACGCCCGGUGUUGCGCCCUGGGACGGGACCGGGAUUCAGGCUGGGACCCGCACCCGAGCCAGCCCAGGUCGGCGACAGCAACAGCAGCAGGGGCAGCAGCGGCAGCCGCAUCCAUGGCAGCCGCAUGCGGCGCCCGCUCCCUGCUACGUGACCGCCUGGGCUAUCUCCAGUGGACACGGACCAGCAGGCGUCGCCGCGACCGGGCCUGCACGCAGCGGCCCCGCCGGCAGCGGCCUAGCCUCCUCCGCAGGCGUCGGCGUCGGCGCCGGGGCCGGGCGGGGCUUUGCGCUGCUGCCACGGCCGCUGCCGCUCUCCCGCAGCGCCGUGCUUGAUGCCAGGACCGAUGGCGGCGGCGGCGGCGGCUAUGCAGGCAGCCGCGGCACCAGCAGCCGCGCCGUCACCAGCAAUGCGGGCUUCUUGCCGUGGGGCGAGCCCACACUCCGCCUGUCACCACCACCGGCAGCUACACAAGCAACACCCGGAAAUGCCGGAGCAACCGCAGCUGGACUGGCAGCAGCAGCAGCGGCAGCAGCAGCAGCAGCAGCCGCCGCCUCGCCGGCGUCACUGCUCCGUCGCAGUGACCCCGGGCCGGUCUGGCUGGCGUCGCCGCCGCCGCUGCCGCCGGGAGCGGACGGUUGGCUGCGCCCGCUGCUGCCGACACACGCCGCCGCCUCGGCCCCCCGCUUCCACAGCCCCGGCGGCCACCGCCCCACCGUUCGUACGAGCCCCCGUGGCGCGGGCGUCAGUGCGCUUCACAGCCCCGACCGCAGCCCCAGCCGCAGCCCCAGCCGCAGCCCCAGCCGCAGCCCGGGCGGCCGCCCUGGCGGCGGCCACUGGUCUGACACGCGCUCUCCGCCCUUCCGUGGCAGCCGCAGCCGCAGCGCGAGCCCCUCCCGAGCCCGACGCAACAACAUCAACAGCAGCCACCUUCUCCACCCCCACGCCGACCCGGUGCACGCCUACAGCCUGGCCCGGCACCUGCGUUCCUCGCCGCUCGCCCUGGCCGCCGCGGCGGAGGAGGCGGCGGCGCAGGCCGCCGGCGGCGGCACGGUCGCGUACGCCGCAGACGGCUCCGGCGCGGGCGCCGGCGGCGGCUUCCUCAUUCCGCGGCUGCUGUCGGCGCCGCCGGUCCUGGCCGCGGAUCGCGAUGGGCCGGCCCGGUUUGAGUUCAGUGACCUGCUGCUGCGGUCGGCGUUGCAGUCUGGCCCCGGCGGGGAUGGGCAGGAGGGGCAGGAGGAGGGGGGCGAGCCGGAGGAGGAGGGGGCCGAGGCGGAGGCGGGGUGCGAGGCGGAGGAGGGGGGCGAGGCGGAGGCGGGGGGCGAGGCGGCGUACGAGCACGACGAUGAAUGGCAUGCUGGAGAGCAUGGGCCGGAGCUGUCGGAGCCAGACCUCUGGGCCUCACCCGACAGCGGCAACAGCAGCAGCCGUUACGGCGGUUUCGGCGGUUCCGGCGGUUUCGGCGGUUACGGCGGUUACGGCGGUCAUGGCAACGUCGCCGGGCGCGCCGCGCCAGGGGCCCUGCAGCAGGCCUCCCGCACCAUCCGGAGCCGCUCGAACCCCGGCGGCGGCGGCGGCGGCGGCGGUGGCGGCGGCGGUGGCGGCGGCGGCGGCGGCGGCGGCGGCGGCGGCACGGCACGGCUGGCGGCGCUGUCGCUCGCGAGCCCGCCCACAUCGCCGGCGCAGGUGGCGGCAGAGGCGGCGGCGGCGGCGCGGGCCGGGCUGUGGCGGCCGCCGGCCCUGCGCACGCCCAUCCUCUUGGUGCCAGUGCCACCGCCGCCGCCGCCGCCGCAACCCGCCCUCAUCUUGCGCGCCCCGUCGCCGGUGCCGCUGGGGUCCCGCGCGCCAUCCAUUUCGACACUGGCGGCAGGCGCCUCGCAGCGGUCGCGGCGGCGCAGCACGUCCGUGCCGCCCUCCUCCCGCCGCGCCGCUGCCGCCGCCUCCACGCCUCGCUCCGCCACGCCCCCGCCCCCGGGCCCCAGCCGUGGCCGCGGCGGCGCUGGCGGAGGCGCCGGCGGAGGCGCUGGCGGAGGCGCCGGCGGCUCUCGCCACCACACGCCGCCGCGCGGCAGCAGCGCCGCUGCCGGCUCAGUCAAGUCGGCAGGCAGGCGGCCGCCGCCGGGCUCGCCACGGCACCUGCCGCCGCCGCCGCUGUCCUCCCCCACGCCCGUGCCUAGCAGCGUGGCGGUCACAGAGAUGGCGAGGCGCAAGCUGGCAGCAGCAGCUGCAGCAGGGGCAGCGGCGGCGGCGGCGGCGGCUUCAGGCGGUGGCGGUCCGCGUGGCGACCGAGCAUCAGUGCAACUCCGCUCCGGCGAGAGAAGCAUCGUGGCCGCAGGCGGCAGUGCCACGGCAAACGGCUCGGACCGCCGGUCUCGCUCUCUGCCCGGCAGCCUUACCCCCCGCGCUACUGCUGCUGCCAUCGGCGCCGACGGUGAUGGCGGCGCCAGCGGCGCCUCCUCCCCCACGCUCAGCAGCCGUAGCGCGGUAGAGGUGGAGGUGGGGGCGGAGGCGGCGGGUCAGCACGGCAGCGGCAGCGCAAAAGGCGGCGGCGGUAAAAGCAGCGGCGGCGGCGCGAACGGCGGCGGCGUGAACGGCGGCGGUAAAAGCAGUGGCGGUGGCGCGAACGGCGGCGGCGUGAACGGCGGCGGCGCCAAAGGCGGCGGCGGCGGGUCGGCCACCUCAGAGGACUCCAGCGUUGAUCUGUCGCCGCGCCACCCGUCGCGCAUGUGCGGCGGCGGCGCCGGCGCCGGUGGCAGUGAUACCGCUGCUGCGGCCGCCGCGCGGGCCAUGCUUGCGCAGGAGACGCCAAAGCUGCUGCGCAGCCGCGUGUCGCAGUCGCAAUCACCUUUGCAGGAGCAGUCACCUUUGCAGCCGCAGUCACCUUUGCAGGAGCAGCAGCGGCAGCAACAUGAACAGCGGCAGCGGCAGCAGCCGUUGGGGCCGGAGGUCGAAGCCGCGGUGGCGCGCCCGGAUGCUGAUGCUGCUGCUGCCCAUGCGACCUCUUCUGGGAGCAGUGGCGGCAGUAGCACCGGCGGCGGCGGCAGUAGCAGCGGCGGCUGGGAGCCCUCGGCAGUAGCCCCGCCGGCGGGACGCGGCGGCGGCGUGGGGGAGGGGGAGGACGUCGAGGGCUUGAUUGCCGAGUUCGAGAGGUCGCUGCAGGACCAUUUCGAGCUCACGCUGCGGCCCCCUCCAAGCCCCGCCACCACUACCUCCGCCGGUGCUGCUACUGCCGCCGCCUCCAAUGCCGCCGCCGCCGCUGCUGCUACUGCCGCCGCCGCCGCCAGCGACACGGCGCGGCAGCUGUCGGACCGCCUCGCGCUCCAGUCCGCCCUGUCCGACUUUCGAAGGGCCGUGGGGCGGCUCAAGAGAGCGCUGGCGGCGGAGGGACAGCAGCAGCUGCAUCAGCAUCAGCAGCAACAACAUUAUUGGAUGGGUGGAGGCACGGGCACGGGCACGGGCAUGGCAUGCCCGGGUGGUGGUGGCGGCGGUAGUAGCAGUAUUGCCGCUACUGGCGGCGGCGCUAGUGGCGGCGGCGGCGGCGGCGGCGCGGCGGAGGCGUUCCGCCGCGUCGCGGCGGCCGCGCUGCAGCAGUACCGGCAGGACGUGGCGUUGUUGCUGGCGCGCGUGCGGUCCGUGCUACAGCCGCUACAGCCGCUGCAGCAGCAGCUGCUACAGCCGGGCAUCCGCAGCAGCAGCAGCAGAAGUAGUAGCAGGAUGGCGGUGGCGGGCGCGGGUGACUUUGGGCGCCUGGCGGCGGAGGAGGCGGAGGCGGGUGGGCGGGCGGCCGCCACGUUGCGGGAGAUGGAGCUGCGGCGGGGCCUUGUGGGCCGUGUGGUGUCGGCACUGGAGGAGUCGGCGCACCAGCUGGGCAUCCGCGUGCUGACGCUGGCGGCGGCGCCCGCAGGCCUGCCCGGACCCGAGCUGCGACAGCUGGCGGCGGCGCUGCGGCAGCACCUGGCGGUAGCUGCUGACGGCGGCGGCAUUGGCGGCGGCACUGGCGGCGGCGGCACUGGUAGUGUUGGUGAUGGUUGGAAUGCGGGCGGCUCCGCCGCUGCGCCGUUUGUGGCCGCCGCCGCGGAGGUUGCGUUUGCGGCGGCGCUGCCGCCGCCGCUGCAUCAGCCCCAGCACCCCUACGCAGGAGUAGCAGCGGGCUAUGCCGCGAGUCUGCAGCUCGAUGCGAGCGGUGAUCGCUAUGCCGGCGGCGGCGCCGCAAACCGCGGGUCGUCGUGGCCCCAGUCGGGACCGGGUCCGACAGGCGACAUGCCCACACCCGCGGGACGAUUGGACUUUAGUGCUCCCGAGUCGGACGGUCGGCGGCUGCUGGUCCCGGGCGGGCGGCCGCUACACAGCCGCGAUGGCGGUGCAGGCUGGGCAGGCGGCGGCGUCGGUGGCGGCGUCGGCGUCGGCGGUUAUGGCGAGCCGGCGGCGGCCGACAGGGACGGGCCAGGCAGCCUGCUCGCGUCGCUCUUCGCCUCGCCGCCACCGCCGCCGCCAGGACUGGGCGCUUGGCCGGCGCCGGCAGCAGCAGCGGCAGCGGCUCCGGUUGGCAGCGUUGCGUGGUAUGCCGGCGGCGGCGGCGGCGCGCCGCGCUUACAGCCGCGGCCGCUGGCGGCGGGCGGCACCCCCACCCCGCCGCCGCCGCCGCCUCACCAGCGAGCCUCUUGGCCGCCGCCGACACCGCCAGCGGGCUCUGGCGCCGCCGCCGCCGCCGCCGCCGCCUCAGCCGCCACGUAUGCGGACGCGGCGGCGGCGGCGCUGCUUCUGGAGGACGCCGCCGCCGCGGCCCGGCAGUCACACUUGCACACGCCUCGACCACACUCCCACUCACAGUCACACUUUUACCCGCAGCAUCAGCAACUGCCAGUUGCGUACGGGCCGUACGGUUACACGGGCGCCGCUGCCGGAGGUGGAGGUGGAGGUGGGGGCGGAGGCCUGACCACAGGGCGCCCAGCCGCAUACCAGCACCACCACCAACAACCACAACGCCAUUCCCCACUGCAGCACCACCACCACCACCACCCACAGCACCCACAGCAGGCACCGACGUCAGGCCGAGACUGGCACGCCGGCGAGGCUGCGGCGCGGCUGGCGGCAGAGGCAGCAGCCGCGCGGGAGGCGGCGGCGGCGGCACGGGCGGCGGCGGAAUCCGCGGCCCUGGCGGCGGCGGACGCGGCGGCGGCGGCGGCACUGGCGCGCAGCCUCAGCCCCUCGCGCUCGCCCGCUGGCCCUGCCGGCGGUGCCGCGGAGGCGGCAGCCGCCGCCGCCGCCGCCCAACAGCCGCAGCAGUCGCCGUCGCAGUCGCCGACGCAGUCGCCGACGCGCUACCGGGCUGUGGUCUACGAAGUGCCUGUGGACGAAUACCCCCACCCUCACCCCCACCCCAGCCCCCACUCCAGCCCCCACUCCAGCCCCCAACCCAGCCCCCAACCCAGCCCCCAACCCAGCCCCCAUCCCAGCCCCCACUCCAGCCCCCACCCUCACCUCCAACCCCAACACGCGGAUACGUCACAGCACGCGGCGCUGUCAGCGGCUGAGCGCGCCGCCGCGUACGCCGCCGCCACCACCGCCGCCGCGGACGCCGCCACCGCCGCCGCCGCCGCCACCGCAACCGCUGCUGCCUCGCCGCGCUCGCCGCGUGCCGCUGCGGGCCGCACGGCCGGCGCCGGCGCUGGCGCUGGCGGUGCUUGGGAGCUGGAACAGAGGCAGUGGCAGGAGGAGGAGCGGGAGCAGCGGGAGGAGCGGGAGCUGACCUUUGGCGGGUUUGGCACGGGGCAGGCGCCAGCGUGGUCGCCGCCGGCAGCGCCUGCCGCCGCCGGGGGACACACCACUCUCACCUUCCCGGCCGCCCUGCCCUCUGGCACCGCCGCGGGGUCCGGGGCUGGCGCGUCGCGCCGCUUUCCCUCGCCCUCUCACUUGCCGCAUGCGGACCAGCAGCAACAACGCCAGCAGCAACACCAGCACCAAGAGGAGGAGGAGCACCACCACCACCACCAGCAGCAGCAACACCAUCACCAGCAGCAGCACCACCAUGACCACCAGCACCAGCAGCAGCAGCAGCACCAAGACGAGGAGGAGCAACAGCAGCAGCUGGCGGCGGCGGCGGCGCUGGCGGAUGAGGGGGUGCUGCUGCGCCCGCAGCUCGCCGACCCUGAGGCGCUGGCCCUAGCCCACUUCCGACAGCUGAGGCGGCAGCUGGCAGCCUCGCCACCGCCAGCUACAGCCGCUGCUGCCGCUGCUACUGCCGCUGCUACUGCCGCUGCUAUUACCGCUGCUACUGCCGCUGCUACUGCCGCUGCCUCAGCGGCUGCAAGCGGCGUGACCUCCAGAUUCGGGCCGUACGCACCGCAGCAGCAGCAGCAGCAGCACCCUGGGCCCCCAACGUCGCAUUUCUCGGUGCCAGCAGCAUCAGCAGCACCAGCUGUGGGGCUCGCGCGACCCUUCGGGAGCCAGGUGUCGUCGCCGCCAGCAGGGGCCGCGCGCGUCGCGGCGGCGGCGGCGGACGCGGCGGCGGCGGAGGCGGCCCGUGCGGCAGCCGACCGGGAUUACGCGGCCUUUCAGCUGGUCAAGCAGCGGUUGGGCCUUUCGGCUUCCCCGCCGCCCGCCGCCCCGCCUGAGUCAGUGUACGGCUGGUCAGCCGCCGUGCGCGCCGCCUCGCCGCCGCCGCCGCCGCUGCCCUCCAGCGAGCCGUACCCACGCUCUGGCGCACCUGCCGUUGCCGCACCUGCCGCCGCCCGCAGCCCUCCCCAGCCCGCAUCUUACGCCGCACCAACAGCUGCAGCACCCACCGCUUCCACCGCAGCCGCCACCGCUUUCUCCGCCACCGCCGCAGCUUCCGCCGCCGCGGCCUCCGCCGCCGCCGCCGACCGCGCCGCCGCCGCCAUCGCGCAGGCUGUGGGCGCGGGCGGUCCUGGCGAGCUGUCCUCUCGGCUGCAGCGGCUGGCGGAGCGAACCUCAGCGCUGCAGGUCCGGGUGGAGCAGCUGGCACGGCCGGCCUCGCCCGCAGCCACACCCUCGCGGUCACUGCCACCAGGCUCGCGCUUACUAUCACCAGCCUCGCGGUUACUAUCACCAGCCUCGCGGUAACUAUCACCAGCCUCGCGGUAACUAUUUCAGGCUCGCGGUGAUUGCAACCAGGGUUUCUACCAACAGGCUCGCGGUGAUUGCAACCAGGGUCGCGGUUACUAUCACCACCAGGCUCGCGGGUGUCGGACCCACUGUCGUCUCCUGUCGCGUCGAGGCUCGAUGAUAAUGAUUGGAGGACGCGGGGGGGGGGGGGGUUGGACCCAAAUUAAACGGAACCCAAUGCAAAGGAGCGAAGCGGGGGAUGGGGUGGGAUUGGAGUCGUGCCGGUGAGGUGCUGGUGGUGGUGAAAGAGCGCGGGAUACCGUACAGACAUGACAGCAUGUGCACGAGACUUGAGCCAGGGACUUGCGCGUUGUGAUGCUACUGAAUUUUGUGUGAGGUAGUGCGCAUACCCAAUUAGAGUCACAGUAGUGAGUGCUGCAUAUCGGGACACACACCAUGAUAUUACCCAACGAUUACGCGUGUUGGAAAGAUUAGAAUGCUCCGCGCGCUAGCAAGGUGGAGUGUGACGGGACAAGUACUCUGUGGCUUGGUCACCGUUGCUGACAGUGUAACUUAUGGCUGGC